AAUAUUAUAGUUUAAUGAGCAACGACAUUCCUGACUUUACGAACAUGAUGACAAGAUAAGAAAUUAGAGCUAAACAAUUACAAUUUUUUUCACCAAAAUUAAACAACAUAAAAUUACUAUAUUACCCUAAAAUUUGCACAAUCUAUGCUUGAUUUCUUUGAAGUCCAUACCCCUUUUUGCAUUUCAUGUUCUCAUUCCCUAAUUCUGAUACAUUUUCAAUGGCAAUUCAAAUAGUACCUCUUCAACCGUUAUUACCCUACAAACUCCAAACUUCCCUCCAAUUUCAUGUACCUUAUUCUUCAACCUUCUUUAAUCUUCAAAAUAAAAUCAUUAAGUUCUCAACUUCUUCUCUGCAAAUACCAUGUAAAUCCCUUAAUUUCAAUGGUGCUACAAUAAGAGGGUCAGUGCCCUUGAGCAAUGAAAUUCCCCCAAAUGCCUUUCGUAGAAAACAAGACCCACUUUGGAGAGGAGGUUUCAGCUUAGGGGUAGAUUUGGGAUUGUCUCAUACUGGCCUUGCCAUUAGCAAAGGCUUCUCCUUUCGCCCUUUAUCUGUGUUGAAUUUGAGAGGGCAGAAGCUUGAGCUUCAACUUAUUGAAAUUGCAGAAAAAGAGGAAGUAGAUGAAUUUAUAAUUGGGUUGCCAAAGUCAAGUGAUGGAAAUGAGACCCCUCAAUCCAACAAAGUUCGUAGCGUCGCUGGAAGGUUGGCUGUCAGGGCUGCUGAGAGGGGCUGGAGGGUUUAUUUGCAGGAUGAAUAUGGCACAUCAGUUGAAGCAAUGGAUCGAAUGAUCAACCUGGGUGUCAACAAGUCUACACGUCAUGGAAAAAUCGAUGCCUAUGCUGCAAUGAUGGUGUUGGAGAGAUAUUUCUCCAAGUCAGGUGAAGGAACUGAACUUGUAUGGCCAAAGCAAUUGGAAUUACAAGAAAAGAUUCGGAAGGGUCCGCCAGAAGACGAUGAUUUCUUGUUUUGAAUUGUAGCAUGUCUUGAAGCACUCCCACAACUUAAAUACCACACCAGUUUCUAUGAACAGACUCAUACUGCCUUCUGCGUUGAAGGUGGAGAGUAGAAUAGAUUCAUAUCCCGCAUUAACGAGUUUUCUGUAUAAUCUUGUGUAUUCUUUCAUUUGAGCGUUGUCAAAUGCUUUUGUAUGUCAUUUUAGGCCCUGUUCUUUAGAGUUGA